AUGAGCUGUCCAUUCUACCUGAAAAUCCAAAUUGCCCUGACCCAAAGGAACUCUCAGCUUAGAGCGGUACCUCAACUUUUCUUUCACAAUAUGCCUUGCCUUGAAGUACUGGAUGUUGGAGUCACGGAGAUCAUUGAAUUACCUGCAAAGAUUGCAGAGCUAGACUCUCUAAGCCACUUGGAAGUAUCCUUUUAUGGAUCUAGCACCGAUAGUAAGCAUGCUAAGCUGCCAAGCCAAUUGUUUUCCACACUUGAAGCAUUGGAAACACUCGGCAUCAGUGUGUGCCCAGGAGAUAUUUGGUGGCACAAGAGUGUUGAGUCUUUAAUCAAGGAAUUCGUUCCUAGCUUGGAAGAGUUGCUGGUUGAUGACUGCGAAGCUGCAGAUGAGGAAAUCACCGAAUCUUGUUGCAUUUCACUUAAGAGUUUAACACUUGGUUGUUUUCCUGAAUUGGUUCAUAUUGUGGAAGGUGCGCAGACUAAGGUCUUGUUUGAAUACAUUACCGUCUAUGACUACCCUCAGUUGAAGCAGAUUGAAAGUGCAAUAGGCUCAGAUUUUGAAGCCAUCUUCAAGGAAGUGGAAGAGUGA